CAUGUUUCCCUUUAACCUCCAAAGUAUACGUAACAGUGUUUUACGUUAGAGAAAAUUACGCGUAUUUUAAAAACGUAGUUUAAUCUAAAUCUCGCCUCAAUCAAGUGUUUUUAUUAUUGUCAUCGUAUAUGAAUAAUAGAUAUUAAGAAUUAUAAGUAGAAGUGAGUAGAAAGAAAAGACCUUUGACAGAAAUUCGAGGGCUAAAAAUUUACGUAUUCUGCCUGUUGUUGCAAUAUUCUCGCACUAUGAUAAAAUCCUAUUAAUAAUAUCUACAAACGAUUCAGUUCACAUUGUAAACAGCAACUAGGGAAGAAUAAUCGACAAACUUUUAUUGCUAUAUACUUCUGGAUUUCUGCAAUAUCCUUUUAUCUAAAUCGUUAUCUAAAUCAUUUUUUCGUUACUUCCCUUUGUUAAUUAUAAACAAAUUACAGUUCACAAUUCUUAGAAUGUUUUGACUUAGUCGCUUUUCAAUGACAAAAAUUAUUCCAAUUAUUAAUUAAACUCGUAUUUCGAGAAUAUGAUACCUGUGAAUUUUAUAAUUUCAAAGGUAUUAAACAAAUUGAAUUAAAUUGCUUUGGAAAAAUUCAAUCAUUAAUUUUUAUAAGGAUAAAAUAUUAUCUUUAAAAUCUAUUACAAAAGAUAAAAAUUUAAAAAAUAAUGGAUACAUCAAUGCGUGAAAAACUACUUACUUUUGCGGAUGUUAUGAUUAGAGUUCCACCUUUAUUUAUCAUAGAUGAAUUACUUAGAAUUGGACUUGGAUUAUCCAAUGACAAUGUAGUGCUUUAUAGCACAGAACGUGGUUUUAAGAUAUCAAGAGUUUCAGACAGCAUUGUAAAUUCAAUAAUACCUACUUCAUUGUUACAACCAUUUGACUUUGAAUAUUUUGCUUAUAAAAUGCAUUUUAUAAUGGCAUUGAAGUUUUUAUGUUGCUGUUUGGGAUAUAUAGCUGCAAUAUGCAUAUUUAUGUUAUGGACAAAACAUCUAAUAAUUGUAUAUGUAUACUUAAUAUCAGUAGGGACAAUAUUUAUAUCCUAUUGGUCAAAUAUUAGUACAAUGAAAGCUAUUAUUACAUAUGUGAGCACACAACGUGAAUACACAACUAGUAUACUUGAUGAUAUUUUGACUCUUGAUUUAAAAUAUAUCUUAGACGAAGGACCAGGUUUCUUAAUAAUUCAGAAUUAUGUACUACAAUGCUUAUUAGCUAGCAUUUUUUGUUAUAUUCAUCUUGCACCAAGACAUCCGAUUCUGCAAAAACUUCUUGUAUUAAGUUUUAUGGCACCGCCGAUCUUGGGCAUUUGUCCAUUGCCGACGCAAGUUCUCUAUCAUGUGCCAGUAUUCGCAGCUCUUCUUCCAUUAGCUGUAUGUAAAUUUGUUAUUUGGUACAAUGGAAUUACUAUGUUAAACACGAUUUAUAUGGGUUAUCAACAUGCACGUAACUUCAUAAGCAAUUACGGUUUAUCCGCACUUGCCGAAACCGAAUGGAUCCGAUUGAACGUUCCGUGUGUAUUACGUAUGUUUUGGAUGCUAAGAGUUGGAGGACAAGUGUUUCAGAUCCUUGGAAAUCAUUACGGUGAAGAGACGUUUACCUAUUACGUAAUGAUUAGAAGUUUAUUAGUCAAUGGUUGCGAAACAUUGACGGCCGUCUUGGGAAUGACAAGUAUAAUUUCAUUUAUUUGCGAUUAUAUCGGAUGUUUCUUUCAAUGGGUGUUGCUCACGGAAGACGAAGACGAGAAGAGUAUCGGUACUGUGUCCGCAAUUUUAUUUUAUGUGCUGGCCUUGCAAACUGGAUUAACAAGUUUGGAUAGAGAGAAACGUUUGGUCAGAUUGUGUCGUAAUUUUUGUUUAUUGUUUACGGCUGUUCUACAUUUUGUCCACAAUAUCGUAAAUCCACUUUUGAUGUCACUCAGCGCUUCGCAUAAUCCAGCACUUCAUCGACAUAUUCGUGCUUUGGCAGUUUGCGUAUUUUUGAUACUAUUUCCAGUGUCACUCUUAGUAUAUCUUUGGUCCCAUUAUACUGUAAACACGUGGUUACUUGCGGUAUCGGUGUUUAGUAUCGAAGUGAUUGUAAAAGUGCUAGUUUCGCUCGCUAUCUACUCUUUGUUUCUGAUCGAUGCUUAUCGUAGCGUAUUUUGGGAACAACUUGAUGAUUGCGUAUAUAUAAUACGAUCUUUCGGUAAUACGGUCGAAUUUACAUUUGGUAUUAUUCUCUUCUUCAACGGAUUUUGGAUGUUAGUGUUCGAAUCUGGUGGAGCAAUUCGAGCCAUUAUGAUAUGUAUCCAUGCCUAUUUUAAUAUAUGGUGCGAAGCAAAAGCCGGUUGGAGCGUGUUCAUGAAACGUCGAUCAGCCGUUAACAAAAUCAAUUCUCUGCCCGAAGCAAAGGCAGAGCAGCUUCGAAUGCUGGAUGAUGUUUGCGCUAUUUGUUAUCAAGAGAUGCAAAGUGCCAAGAUCACGCGUUGCAAUCAUUACUUUCAUAGCGUCUGUUUGCGAAAAUGGUUGUACGUUCAAGAUCGUUGUCCACUUUGCCACGAUGUAUUGUAUAAAGUUGAGAAUUCGCAAAACAAAAGCAACGAGAUUAUCCCCACCGAACAACGGGUAGUGGCAGAUGCUGAAGACAAUGUUCCCGGAGUGAACGAAGAUAGGUGAAAAGACGAAUAAUUUUAAUAAAUGAUAAACUGUUAAGAGUCGAAAAUUUAAAGUCAUAAAAUAUCGAUCUCCGAAUAUCUUGCCUAAAAAAAAAAAAGUUUCGUUUCCUGUAAGUCGCUCAAAUUUCAGUAAUUUGAUACGAUUUACUUCAAACGUUUCUCGAUAAUGUUGAAGUCUGUUAAAAAAAAAAAAAAAAAAAAAAAAAANAAAAAAAAAAAAAAAAAACAAUAAGGAAUUCCAUCGUGAGAAAAACUCCGUUACCAUUUAAAUUUAGCUUAUAAGAAUAUUUCUCUUAUGAUACCUACUGGUUAGAAUCAAAAAUUAUAUACAUGUGAUUUGCUUUUAUACUUUCUCGAACAUAAGCAACGCUCAAGCUUCCGUGCACUCAUUCUGCUUAUUCUUCCAUUUUAUAAUCUUCUACUAUUCUAUAAAUCAAUAUAUUCCAUUGAUUUAAAUUGAAAAGUUCGUAUCGCUCGUAUCGCAUUACAGAAUAAACGUCCCUGGAUACGACCAACCGAAUUAUCGUGUAUUUUAUUGAAUAUGCGAAAUACUUUACUUUGAGCUUUCAUCGUCAAAUGAAAGGUGAUAAUGUGAGAGAUAAUGAUAAUAAUAUGAUCAUAAAAUCAUAGUAGAUAUAAAUGUAUAAGUGUUAAGUACACGAGAUAUUCCAUAUAUAUAUAUAUAAAUAUAUAUAUAUAUAUAUAUACAUAUAAGUUGCAUACGGAAAUUAUCGUAAGUAAUUUGUAAGCUCAUUUCUCGUGUUAUAACAAUAAUAAAGUUAUGAUAUUAAUACGAUUAACCUUUUUUCGAAAUCGAUAGAGGAAAGCAAACACAUAAUUCUACACGUAAUAGAAUAUAGUCAAAUGAUCAGUUUUGGUAUCAAAUUAAUAUAUAAUAAAUAUAACAUAUGCUAUUUUCUAUCUCAAAUGCGCGUAUUUUACUUCUUCCAGAUACGUUCACUUUAUCAAGGAUAUAUGCAAAUUUUUUUUUUUUUUCUUUUUAACUUUAAUCACUUUCUCUGUCGUUUCGAGUUAAAUCCAUAAGCAUCUGUGAUAGUUAGAUAACAGCGAAAAUUAUAAGUUUUCUAAUUUAUUGGAAAUCAUUGUUUACUUAUCAUAUUACAUUUAAUAACGAUUGUACGGAGUCUUAUUUGUAAGAUUUGAGCAUAUGUAAUAAAUCUUAUAUUUUUAAAGCGUCAUCCUUACUUCAAUAUCCUGAUUGGUCACGUGUACAAUAUCAAUAGGAAGAAUUUCUAGCUACGAUUUAGCUCGCAAAUUAUUCUCUGCACGUCUGUAAAAUUAGAGCAAUUCGAACGCGAAUGAUACGAACUAAGCGAAGGGCGCAUUAUCGUAUGUAGUUACCAACAGCGCGGCCAAUUUUAGAUUUCCUAUGAUUUCGUUGCUUCUUAAUUUAACUUAAUCAGAUGCAGACUAAACAAACGUCAAAAGUGAAAAAAAAAUGCGAAUAAACGUCACGUUUCAAAAUGCAAUUUAUGUCCUCCUUUUGUAUAAUUUCACUCAACGAUAAUCAAUGAUGUUAAAAAAGAUAUCUAAAAAAAAAAAAAAAAAAAACAAACCAAAAUUAAUAGAUAAAA